AUGCUGAAAUCCCUGGUCUUCGGCUCCGGGCUCUCCGGGCUCUCCGGUUCGGCCUGGCGCUCGGCGCCGCGCUUGGCGGCGGUGGCGCAGCUGGAGCUGCGCUUCGACUCUCAGGACACCGCGCUGCUGGUCAUGCUUCAGGUCUCGCUCUCUGCCUGUGUGCUGUCAAUGGAGGAGCUUCAGUUCGUCAGCUGCGCCGAGGGCCCGGAGGCGAGCAGUUUCCAGCUGCUGUGGCUCACAGGUUUCGGGUACCUGGUCUUCUUCAUCUCGGCGGGCGAACUGCUGGUCAGCUCGCUCUACGUGUCGCCCUUCCAAGUCUCCUGGGCGGUCAGCAGAUCUCUUGGAGGCGGAGUGACAGGGCUGACUCCCGAUCCCUUGCGGCGCCUGGCGUGGGCGGAGCGGCUGGUGAACGGGGACUUCGGGCUUCAGCUGGUGGAUGGCGAUGGUUCCCGCUUGGCGGUGGGUUCUCUGAAUGCGAAGGAGCCGCAGCUGGAUCUGCUGCUCGCGCUGCCGGGCGACCUCCAGGCGCAGCUGCCCAGCGGCGCGCUGCUGGCGCUGGACGCACGCGCGCUGCGCUUGGGCCUGCGCCAGGGCAACGACCUACAUUUCGGCCCGCCGCUGGAUGGCGGGCUCUUUGCUCUCAGCGCCAAGAUCCAAGGCCUGCACACGGAGGCCAUCCUCGUCACCGACGCAGCUCUGCAGUUGGUGGCGGACUAUAGCUGUCAGCUUCCCCCAGCGGAGUACUAUGCACCGUGCAAGCAAUAUGAGGUGAAGCUUUCCCAAAUGAACCAACUGCUGGCGGUCGCUUGCAAACUUACUGUGGAUGUCUAG